AUGGACGAAAAAAGUAAAGAAGAAGAAGAAGUUACAGAGGAACCGUAAGUUGAAACUCAUGGAAAUUGCGGUAGAUUGACACAAAAAGAUGUUAAAAACACCCAGACACAGGGCAGUAUUGCUGUAUUGUAGUAAAGACUAACAUACAUGUGUUAUAACAUAAAAUAACCUCUCAUAAAACAAUAUUAGGUUGUUCAAAUAAUUCUGUGCCCUAUUUCAAGGCAAAUUUUCGUGAUUACUCAGAAUUAUUUGAACAACCUAAUUAAUAAUAUAAAAUAGAAGUGUUUCACUAAAGCUUAGGUAAAACGUUUGUAAAUACAGUCUACAACAAUGUCCAUAUAUCGCAUGGACCUUGUAGGAGAUUAUCACAUAACUAAACAACCUUGUUUAACAAUUGUAAAAGAUAUACCCUUGUUUUACAGUCCAAUGGAAGUUAAUGUCAGAAUGGACAGUGGUGACAUAAUCCGAGAAGUAAUGUGGCCUCAGAAUGGAUUUCUAUUCAAGGAAAUGGAGCUGAGCCCAGUCCUUUGUAAGCCUAAACUGAUCCCACUCAAAAGUGUCACACUAGAGAAGUUGGAGAAGAUGCAAGAACAGGCCAUGGAGAAGCUGAAGGAGAUGACACUACCACAGGAACAACCUGAUGUAAGUCAGGGUUUAGCGUUUAGAUUCCUCGUCUUCCUUGACUAUAUAAGGUUAAAAACGGCAUUUCGAUUCAUUUUUAAGCACGGUAAAAGAUAAAGCAUUUUUGAACAAUAUAAUCACCUUUCAUAUUCCAAUAAUGCUGAUCAAUAAGGCUAACAUAUAUAUUAAAGUUUUAAAGAUAACAUGAACAUUACAGGAGCCAAACCAAACACCAUCCACAAGGUCCGCUAGUCCAAAUGAUACCGAGCCAAGGAAUACGACUGACAUAUGGCAAGCUGACUAA